UGGAGCCAUGCGAACUGAAUGGGAAACACAUUUUAGAGCCUGGAAGCAGCUCGUGAACCAAACACUAAAGGGAGACGUUGACAAGACGAUGACAAAGGAAUACAGCUGUCCGAGUAAAUUACCUGCAGGGGAGAGCUAAACUGAACGAAGCUGCGCGUUCAUUUAUCAGCUACGGAGAGCAAACAGUCGGAAGGAUGCGAGGAGCUGCCAUGAGAUAAACGCAUCACAUUUGUUAUGUUCUCACCCUGGCGUGCUUGGUUAGCAAAGCCCGGGCUGAGGCUGAUAUAGGGCGUUUAAAAAGUCCGUCAUCCUUUCCCUGCUGUGGACGGUCGGCUAACAUUAGCGAGCCUUUGCUGCGGACCUAACGGCUUGUGCUCGGACUGCUGUGGGAGGCGCACCGCCGCCUUUCUGCGUGUUUAUUAUUUUUUUUAAUACACAAGCCAUUGGAUCUGAUGAAAUCUCGCCUGUGUCAUCCAUCCCAGCGCUAUUUAAGGCCUCUGCUGACAAACUGCGUCACCGGGUGGGCGCUGCAGGUAUUCAUCUGCAAGAAGGAAAAACUGCAUUUGGAAAUUGAAGCCAUGCCUGAAAGAACCUGGAAACCAAAGUGACUGAACUUUUUAAAGUCACCAUGGAGCCGGAAGCCAAACCCAACUGUGGGGCUCUGGAAGAGCCCAAGCAUUCAUCUGUACCCAGUUCUCAAUGCAAUCUCUCCACACACAUGCAUGCAGCAGUGGGGGCUGAUAAAGUGAACUCUCUAGUGAGAGGUGGAAGUGAUCCUUCCUCUGUUUAUCAGAGGAAUGUGCAUCAGAGAUUCAUCAGGAGAAGUCUGUGGUUUUCAAACACGGAGGAGCCCUCCUAUGAGGCCCCCGAAGCUGAAAACAGCAGCAAAAUCCUGAACAUAAACCUGAGAUCAAUAGUGGACAGGACACGAGGGACCAGCUGUGGGGUUCAAGAGAGCUCCAGCACUGAAAGUCAGAGUGGACACAAAGACAGUGCAACAGAGAGUACCAGCGCAGAUGAGGACAAAGAGAGAGUUGGACAUGCUUUAAAUGUCACUUGUAGUAAAGGUGGUAAAGUUUCUACUAAGACAGCAAGUGAGGAAAAUGAAGAGGAAGCAGAAAUGAAAGCGGUCUCUACGUCUCCAGGAGGAAGGUUUCUUAAAUUUGACAUCGAGCUUGGCAGAGGGUCUUUCAAGACAGUCUACAAAGGCCUGGAUACUGACACCUGGGUGGAGGUAGCCUGGUGUGAGCUGCAGGACCGUAAGCUGUCAAAAAUAGAACGUCAGCGCUUUAAGGAGGAGGCAGAGAUGUUGAAGGGUCUCCAGCAUCCCAACAUUGUCCGUUUUUAUGAUUUCUGGGAGUCUCCUCUCAAGGGAAAGAAGUGUAUUGUUUUAGUGACAGAGCUCAUGACUUCAGGAACGUUAAAAACCUACCUGAAGCGUUUCAAGGUAAUGAAACCUAAAGUCCUGAGAAGCUGGUGCAGACAGAUCCUGAAAGGCCUUCACUUUCUUCACACCCGGACACCGCCGAUCAUCCACAGAGACCUCAAGUGUGAUAACAUCUUUAUUACUGGACCUACCGGCUCAGUCAAGAUAGGAGAUUUAGGACUAGCAACACUCAAAGCUGCCUCCUUUGCAAAGAGCGUCAUAGGUACUCCAGAGUUCAUGGCCCCAGAGAUGUAUGAGGAGCAUUAUGACGAGGCUGUAGAUGUCUACGCCUUUGGCAUGUGCAUGCUGGAGAUGGCCACCUCAGAAUACCCCUACUCAGAGUGUCAAAAUGCUGCUCAGAUUUAUCGCAAAGUAACUAGUGGUGUAAAGCCAGCUAGCUACAACAAGGUCAUGGAUCCUGAAAUCAAGGAGAUCAUCGGAGAGUGCAUAUGCCAAAAGAAAGAGGAAAGGUAUACCAUAAAGGACCUCCUGAACCAUGCAUUCUUUGCUGAGGACACAGGUGUGAGGGUGGAGCUUGCAGAGGAGGAUGAUGGGAAAAAACCCACCAUUGCUCUGAAACUGUGGGUGGAGGACCACAAGAAGUUAAAAGGAAAGUACAAGGAGACUGGAGCCAUUGAGUUUACAUUUGACUUGGAGAAGGAGGUCCCCGAGGUUGUGGCACAAGAAAUGGUGGAGUCGGGCUUCUUCCAUGACAGUGACGCUAAAACUGUGGGAAAGUCGAUAAGAGAUCGCGUGGCGCUGAUAAAAUGGAGAAGAGGGAGGACGGUAACUGUUGUAGCUGAAGCAGAGCAGGGUGACCCAGGGCAGAGGGUAAAUGUGACAUCAUCAGAGAGCACCUCUGGUGCUGUACCACAUGUCAUACAGCCUCAUGUUGUCGAGCCUGAAGACCUAGAGGUGGACCAGCGCAGCAGGCUACACAACCUGCCGACCAGUACCACUUCAGUGACAUCAGCAGACGGCACACUCGAUAGUGGCAUAGGCUCUACUGUGUACUCAGACUCCCACAGCAGCCAGCACAGUAACCUCUACCAGUCAUUGCUGGAGCCUCUUACUAUGGCAACACAGCAGUGCCACUGCAGCAGUGCUUUUCUGACAGAACGACCUCAUUCCUCUGACAUGGCUGAAGUUUGGCAGGCUCCAAUAAGCCCGCAGCUCAGGGCUCGACUGGGAAGUGCAGAGAGAAGGGGAAGUGCUCCUGUAAUUGACAUUCAAAGGGCAAGCCAAAUGGCUGCUCUCCGCUCUUUUAUUCAGAACCAGAGAUCAGUCAGUCCGAUCCCUGUUGUAAGGGAGAACAUGGUGGAGAAUUUCCCCAGGGAGACCUGUCCUCAUCCUGCGUCUGAAGCUGAGGACAGGCAUCCCUCCCCAACCUCUCUGCCAAUGUUUCAUAUCUCCCCCCUUUCUUCACCUACGGAGUUCCGUCGGCUGAGUGAUACCAGUAUCGCAACACCAUCAACAUCAACCAGUGAGAGUUUGGCUCUCCCAGAGCAAAGUCCACGCAGACACUCCGACCUCAGUGGCCUUCUUAGUCUUGCCUCGAAUGAAAACCAUCUUUCUGCACUGCAUAGGAGCUCUGAGUGCCAAGCCUGCCUUUCUUUGUUUCUGCCAAAGUCCCAAAACGGGAACCACCGUCCCUCUGCUGUCCUCUCACCGACAUAUCUCUGUCCGGCUGACAUGCGCCUCAAUCCUUUAUUCAGUGGAAAACUACCUACUUCUGGUUAUGGACAUCCAAAAGGAUCAAGUGAUUAUUCAAAUUUUUCUAUGCUACAGCAGUCCCUGUUUAAUAUAAUCAGCCGGAAAUCAGUUCCCUCAAUCAUCGUGCCAGCCCAACUUCCUCCUCUGUAUUCCUCGGCGGCCACGAGGCCGUCCCACAGCGAUGGAGAAUGUUCCCCACAGAGUCCUCCUCAGAGCGACAGUUGGUCUGAAGGUCAUGAUUCUCUCCAGCACUGCAACGAUAGAUGUUUUUCCAGAGAACAAGCUACCACUGUUGUGGAAGUGGCCAAUUCUGCCGGUCAUCAGUCGUCUGUCCAAGGCCUGCCCUCGUCCAGCACAACGGUGCCUGUCCCACAGCAGCCCCUCCAUCCUGUACAUAGCUACCCUACUGCGCUGUAUGCUAGUCACCUUAGUGGUGCUACACCCGUCCCAGCCAGUCUUGGCUCAUUAAAUAUUCAGCAACAAACAUCGGUUGCAGCUAGCAAUGCAGCAUCGGCUGUGCCACAACAUUUUGCACAGAGCUAUCAACCUACAGGACACCAACAUCAGCCGGCAGCAUCAGGCUCUCCAACCUUUAACCUCCAAGCAAAGCAGGUUUCUCAGAACCUUGUUGCCAAAGCUCAGCAACAAACACAGACUGCAUCAAUCUAUCCUGCAGCAACUGCCUUUGCAGCACAGCAGCCAACACAGAGCUGCCAUCUUGGCACAGUUUCAUCAGAGAUGACAGGAGCGACACACCCUCAAUCUUCACACAGUACUAGCACACCUCAGCAGGCCCAGGCCCUAGCCAGUCAGCCGGGUCAGCAACCAGGCCAAAUUUCUUCCACACCAGCAGCUUACAGUCACAUCAUUUCUACUCAAGAUUUACGACAGUCCUUACUACCAAAUACCCAGUCAAACUUACAACAUGCACUAAAUGCUGGACAAGUGUAUAAUCAUUGCCAGGAAUCUGUGCAUAACAUUAACCAUCCAGUGGCACAGCCUCCUACACUUAAUACUCAGAAACUUCAGUCUCCCACUCACCAAGUGGACACUCCAGCUCUUCUGCAACAUGCACUUCCAGAACAGAGUCAGAAUGAGUCCCAGUCUCUGCCUCCUCCCAAAGGAACCCCAGUUAGACAAGUUCCAGCUGGGAAUCAAAUUUACUUUACAUCAGCUUUGCCUGAUGCUUCCUCCCUCAGCUAUGCACAUUCUGCCAUCCAGCAGGCCAUGUCAGGUCAGAGCCAGUACCAGCUGAAGCAGGGCAUCACUGCAGAAGGAAUCACUCGAGCAGAAUCUCCUCAGACCUUCCCGGUUUCAUCCCAACACAGCCAUGGUGCACAGAUUAGCCAGCAAAAUCUUCAGUCUAGACGAGAUGAUGAAAGCCAUAUACAGAAUCUCAGCCAAUCAGCUUCCACUUCGCUGACACCUGCUCAUCAGGACUCUGUUCUCCAGACUGCUUCCCACCAACAGCUCCAGCCUCUCCAGAUCUCUGCCUCACUGCCAUCAUCUCAACCAUCCCAGUUUCCUUCACAAUACCCCACAGUCCAGGUGAUGGCUGCUGUGGCUGAUGCUGAAUCCGCCUACUUUCCUCCCUGCACUAGUCCUUACCCUACAUCCUCCUCUUCCCUUACUCACAUCUUCCUUUCUCCUGGAUUUACUGUCCCUGUAACCCCCUCCAUUUCCCCCCUCUCCCCUCUGCACAUUGAAAACACAUUAAUUUCACCCACUCCAGUGUCCCUUCCUGUACCAUCCCCCUCAUCUGUGCAGGGUAUGGUACAGCCUACCUCACCACACCACCAACCCAAAGCUGCAAGAUCUGAGGCUUCUCAGAUGCAGUCUCCAUUUAUAUCAACACUAACCAGCCACCCCAUGCACACAAACACUGCUUCGUGCCAGAACACACACCUUCCUGCAAAUGGCAUCUCUCAGCCUCUGAUACAGCCUCAGGAUGGCCAUAGUACCCAGCAGGUUCAGCAGUCUCAGCUCCUACAACCUGCAGUCUUCCCCUCAGCUGUGCAGACUGGGGCAGAUCUUGGCGCAGCCACUGUGGCGAACCAGCUGGACAACACCAAGACCUGCCAGGUGACCCCACAGGGCCAACGUCAGAGUCAGGUACAGGGCCAAAUUCCUGUGCUGCCGUCUGCCGACUCACAGAAGGCAUCCUCCAAACCCGCCACCGGUUCUGCUUCCCAGCAGAAAAUCCCAAGCACAGUCACAGGAACGGCAGGUCAAGGGUCAUCAGAGAUUAACGUUGAGGAACCUGCUGCAGAAAAACGGACUGGAGGACAGAGCUGUGACAGUAUCAACUCUGAUGUUACAUCGGGAAGAGAGAUGAGCGAUGGAAACGAAGGCACGCACGGAGGCAAAGGUGAAGCAAAACAACGCAGACACCACAAGUCCUCUCGCACCCGUUCUCGACAGGAAAAAUGUGGCAAACCAAAGCUCAGCAUGCUCAACGUGUGUAACACUGGGGAUAAGAUGGUGGAGUGCCAACUAGAAACUCAUAAUCAUAAGAUGGUGACUUUUAAGUUUGACCUGGAUGGAGAUGCACCAGAGGAGAUUGCUACUUAUAUGGUGGAAAAUGAUUUCAUUCUUCCCCUGGAAAAAGAGAUCUUCAUCGAACAACUGAAAGACAUUGUAGAUAAGGCUGAGGACAUGCUGAGUGAAGACACGGAGGGAGAGAGGAGCUCUGAUCAGGGACAGGCUGAAGGAGCUGGUCCACUGGGAACAGAGGCCUCAGAACCUACGACUCCCCAGCUGGUUUAUCAACAAAAUGUCCUGCACACUGGAAAGCGCUGGUUUAUCAUCUGCCCUGUGGAUGAAACACUCAUUCAAGACGAGGACAACACUAAAGCACAGACCUUUACAGCACAGGAGUAUGAAUCAGCUGGGUCCAGCAGCACCACGGCGACUCUAACCACCCCGGUCACAUCUUUACCUUCCCAAAGCCCUACCUCCUCAUCUGCACCCAUACUAGGGCACCCUCCAGAUCAGAUUAUUAGUGAAUACCAGGUGCAGCAGAGUCAGCCCAGUGUUGCCAAACAUACCCUUAAAACUGGGACCAGCAACCAUGACUCCUCCUUUCCUUCAGAAGAAGCUCCUCUCUCUGCUGUAUCUAUGGUAGCAGAUAUGCCAUGUUGCGCUAUUGUGCCGCCCGCCUCUGUGGAUGCAAAUGCUGCUGAUAAAGAAACGAGUGCUGGUGUUUCAACCUCAUUGCUAAAUGAUCAGACAAAUCGGAUGUCUAGUCCCACUGAAGAGCAAUCCCCUCAGCUGGGCUGCACUCAGCCUGUGGUCCUGCAGCAGCCUUAUGCCACGCCCAUCCAGCCUGGGACAGUGACUUCUCAGCCGCAGAGUCCAGCGCAUCAGAAUCCACAGUCUUCUGGUCAACAGCAAGGUGGUGGGCAAGUGGAGUCGGACGGAGAGGGUCCUCCUAGGGGGGAGUUUGUAGACCGCACUAUCAAGACAUUAGACGAAAAGCUCAGAAACCUGUUAUACCAGGAGCACCCAUCUUCUCAGCCGUCCAGCACGGCUUCUGAGCCCCAGUCAGACAGACUGAGCUCCCCUCCAGUCUCAGAUGGGCACAGCACAGAGGGCGUCACAAAGAAGAAGAUGGAACCAAUGCCACAGAUCCUUGAGCGGACUGAUAAAAGCAAAACAAGUUGCAGCUCUGCAGCCCCCUCUAGUGGUUCAGAUGGAUCUUGCAGUCAGACUCGGAGCACUGACAGGAAAGAUUGCAGUAAUGAGUUGGAGUGCAAAACAUCUAUGACAGCUGCAUCUCAGAGCGCGGGAUCUUCCAAACUUCCCAGCAGAACGCGUUCCUCUGCCCCUCCAAACCUCUACCAUGCCACUCCAACCUCCAGUCCUGAUGCCACCCCACGUCACAUCCCGCGAGCCCAAACUAUUGACGCUACAAGCCCUGGCCGUGGUUGUUCUGAAUCCCAGGUUGACUAUGACUCUGCUGAUGAAGACAGCAGCAGCUUUGCCCUUUCUCCUGCUAAGGCUGCUCCACGAGCUCACACUGUGACUGAGCACAGCGGAAGUGACCUUGUUAAGAGGGCGGUCGCCUUCUUGAGACGCUCUGGACGAAGCAAAAGUGAGCAGAGCUCUGAAUCAGCGAGCUGCCAGCCUGUUGCAAUGAACGGCCACACUCCCUCACCGUCUGUUGGACAUUUCUCCCAUGCCAUCAGCAGCGACAAUGACUCAGAAUUUGAGGAUGCGGAUAUGAAGAAAGAGCUGCAGAAACUGAGAGAAAAGCACAUGAAGGAGAUCUCUGAGCUACAGGCUUUCCAGAGGAGUGAGAUUGAACGUUUGUAUAAGGAGCUUGGAAAGACUGUUCCUCCCAAAGUAGGUCUGCUUCAUGCCGUCCCUCCAACUGGGCGAAGACGCAAAACUGGCAAACACAAACUGAAAGCUGGAAAACUGCUUAAUCCGAUGGUGCAACAACUCCGAAAUAAUCCUAACAGUGACAGUGUGGAGAGAAAAGGAGAAACUGCUGCCAGCUCAUCUAGCUCCCCAGCUAAAAGCUCGCUACUGUCAGAUGGUUCUGCUCAUUCCAGCUGCAGCUCCGCCUCCAACAGUCAACCCAGCAGAGCCCAGGAGCAGGUUCAAACACAGCAGCCCUGUUCUUUGAAAGGCUCUUUCUCCUCUGACAACAUCUAUGCUGGAAGACGUGCAGAUGGCACGGCCAACCAAGCCGGCCCUGGUCAAGGCUGGACGGUUUACCACCAAACGUCAGAGAGAGUCACCUAUAAGUCUAGUAGCAAACCACGCACUAGAUUCCUCAGUGGACCUGUGUCUCUGUCCAUCUGGUCCACUCUGAAACGACUAUGUCUAGGCAAAGAGCGCAGUAGUAGGUCUUCCCUCCGUACGUCCGCUGCACAGACCACCUCCAGCCAAACGCAGCCACCACUCACUGCAGCAACACAGUCGACAUCUCCUCAGCCGUUCACGAGGCUCGCUCAGGUCCAGACUAACAACAGCAACAACAAGAUGCCUACCUUUACAGAGGAUCUUCAUAAGCUGGUGGAUGACUGGACAAAGGAGACUGUAGCGGCGGCAGCCAAUCGGCCACGAUCCCCCCUGAACAGGAUGAGACGGCAGAGCCGUCAACAAGGAGCAGACUGCAGACCUGCACGCAUGGGGGCUGUUGCAUGUGAGAUGAAACGCAACCUUGUUCCAAACAACUUGGGGCUACCGCUCCCACUCCCAAAGGCUGCGGCUUUAGGCCCUAAUAUGCCUGCAAGUCUCGCCCCAGGUUCUUCUACAGGGCAUCCUGCUGGUUACUUUGUUACAUCGGGGUCGUAUGGUGCGAUGGCUUCAGCUCCUCUUUAUUUGCAGCAGUGGCCCGGCAUGCCUAGUCCUGUUGCUUCUGUGGUUCCUGUAAGGUUGCUUGGUGCUCCAAGAGCGAUUCACUACGCCACAAUUUCAAACCCAGGGAUCCAGGCCUACCCCUAUGUCGUGCACAACCCUGAGAGUGGGCCCUUCCCAAAAACCACUAGGACUACCUGAUCCUGUGUUGGUGUGUGCUCAGGACAGAUGGUUUGCUGUGCUGGGUGCACCAGAGCCACCCCUGUGCAUAAUAAUAUCCUGUAAAUAACAGGCUAAGUGUUGCUAUUCUUUCUGCAGCGUAUAUAUGUGUCAUAAAUUGUGUAUUUGUAUGCGUGUAUAUUGUACAGUAUGUGUAAUGUUUAAAUACCUAUUGUUUAUUUGGCUUUGUUCCUAGCUUAACUCAGCCAUACAAGGCAUUUUAUCUGCACUCACAAUCACCAGUUUUACCCUGUUUAUCGUCACGUUUCCCUUUCUAUUGAAAUACACUACAUUAGUAUCCAAAUACCUAGUGGCUUAAGAUUCAGAGAAAGGACAGUAUUUAAUAAAAUGAACUUCUUUGCAGGAAUGUAGUGCCUUGAACAUUUACUUCUGUAUAUUUUAUAUUUUCUUUAAAACAAAGCAUUUUUUGCAUGCAAGUUAUUUUUUUAAAGGUAGCUUCCUUUAAUUGUUUUUUUUUUCCGUUUACAUACAAAUGCCCUUAUUGAACUGCACUAAUAACACCAUAUAAUCUGAUUUAAACAUAGAAGUUGGUAUAGCUCCUUUUUCUAGUCCAACCAAUUGAUGAAUGGAAUGCCAUAGCAGAGAGGUGAUCUGAAGCCUUCAGAAGCAAAUUACCAAUAUAUGAAUGAUAAGAAAAGGGGUCGAAGCCGUGUCCAAACCGACUUAUUUCGUUUAAUUCAGGUCAAAUGGUUCAGCUGGGUAAAGCUUCUUUCCUUUUUUAUUUUUUGUUUUCCCCCGAUUGAAGAACCAGCUCAUUGGACAGCCCAGGAACGUCCAGUGUUGCAGAGGAGAGCCAGUGUCUAGAGCCAUAUAGUUACAUACAGGCAACUUUCUACAGUAGAGGCUUCUGGGAGUUUUGUGAAUCAGAAUGUAGCAAAUAAUGUGAAUUUUUACUAUUUUUCUUUUGAGGCUCAAAAGUGCAAUUCAACUACUUUCCACAAAGCUUUUAUCGUGGCCUUGCCACAAGCCUUAUCUUGUGUGUACAAGAGGAGCAAGCUGAAAGGUUGAACAAAUUUCAAAUUCACCAAAUAACAGUGAGAAGUUACCAGAUGACAAAUCAUCACAAUUACAAGCUACCCAGUAAACCAUUCCUUUUUCACAGCUUGAUGUUCUCUUACCUUACGUAGUACUCGGCAUACACUGUAUGUAGAAUAUGUGCAAUCACUAGUUAAAUCAGAUGUUUUAACUUUUUGAUGUCUUAACAUUUUUUUCUUAAUGCUGCUAUUCAUUAAGGUAAUUUUUGCUGUACAUUUUGCCUUUUUUCUUUGAUUGAUGGUACAUUAGAGAUGCUUAUAAAGCAGUGUUAUUGCCUUGUUAAAGUUCUGGUGUUGUGUUUUGUUUUUUUUUUUUGUUCUUUCAUAACAGCCUAUUUAAUUUUCUUUGCAUUUAUUUUUAGUGAUGCAUUGCAACGUUAAACUAAAACUUGAUGUCAGAAAUUUGCACAACGUAUGGUCUCCAAUUAUCCCUCUGUGAUAGGAGUUCCUACACCGUAUAUAUUUAGUGGGGUUUCAUCACUGAUGAGCAUGGCCAAUAUUUCAUCUUUAGAAAUGGUAUAAAUGCAAGGUUAGACAUUUAACACCUGCACAACCCCAGUCCUGCCAAAGCUGUGAAUUGUACAUUUUUUGUUUGUUUUCUUGUAGCUUGUAUUUGUACAUUUUAUUUUGACUCUUAAACGUAAAGGGUGGGUGGGGGGCUUUAAUGUAUAUUACUCCAUCAAUUCGGUUUGAAUUGGAAUUUUUGUAGGAUAUUAUGCAGAGUCUUCUGCUUUGGUGAUAUACUUCCAAUAGUAAGAGAUUUCUGUUCUCUGUCACCUGUAUCUUGUAUGUUCUAUUUUUCCUACCUGCUAGCUCAUGCAGAGCAUGGCAGGAGGUAACCAAUACUGGUGCAUAUUUGGAGGCCGUGAUUAAGUGGGGUAGUUGAAAGUGCACAGAGGAGCAUCCUUGCACAUCUUUCUAUUGUCUGGGAGAACCUGCCCCUCAGGAUCCUGCUCCAUUAACUGGCCUGUGUUUGAACUGUGUGAGAUUGCUUUGCCUGCUGUAUGACCCAUUGCAUUACCCACCCUGUCCUGAUGCACUCUUAUCACAGUCUGUAUGUUGAGAGAGAAAUAAAUAUUUUG